CAUAUGUUCACAUGAAUUACCGACGUUUCCUUCUUGUCUAAAAAAAACCCCCGUAUUCUUCUUCUUUUUUUUUUGUUGACAAGCAGAAAUAUGAAGAUGUUACGCAGUUAGCUCCGCCCUUCACAGUCGGGAGAUUCGCUGCCACAGGCCGAGGAAACCGUCGGUCCAGCGGGAUGGAAUUUCUCACCGUCCCGCUAAGUGAGUGCGGGACUCAUACUUCACAUUGGUGUCACAAUGGUUGCUGUCAGCCCGACGGGUGACCUACUGGUGCUUUGUGUAAUUCACUGGAAGCCCGACGGUUUGAGCAUUACUAUUUAAGUCUGGAAAGUGUGUGCUCCACUACCAGGCUGGAGUCCUCGGCAGCGACGCACGCAACACACUGACAGCUGCGACUGACUCAAAACCAACGGGUGUAAAGAUGGAGCACAGAGACGCCGACUUCAACAUACUGUUAGCGACCGAUUCAUACAAGGUAACGCAUUACAAACAGUACCCCCCCAACACGAGUAAAGUGUACUCCUACUUCGAGUGCCGCGAGAGGAGGACCGAUCCCACCAAAAACAGAAAAGUCAAAUAUGACAAGACCGUCUUCUACGGCUUACAGUACAUCCUCAACAAAUACCUAAAAGGAAAGGUAGUGACCCCAGAGAAGAUCCAGGAGGCGAAGGAGGUAUACAGAGAACACUUCCAGGAUGAUGUUUUCAACGAGAAGGGGUGGACUUACAUUUUGGAGAAAUACAAUGGACACCUGCCUAUUGAAAUCAAGGCAGUGCCAGAGGGGAGUGUCAUUCCUCGAGGCAAUGUUCUGUUCACAGUGGAGAGCACCGACCCUGAAUGCUACUGGCUCACCAACUGGGUGGAGACCAUUCUGGUUCAGGUCUGGUACCCCAUCACUGUGGCGACCAACUCCAGGGAGCAGAAGAAGAUCCUCGCCAAGUACCUCAUGGAGACCUCCGGGAACUUGGAGGGUCUCGCAUAUAAACUACAUGACUUUGGCUACAGGGGCGUCUCUUCACAAGAGACUGCAGGCAUUGGGGCCUCCGCCCAUCUGGUCAACUUCAAGGGCACAGACACGGUUGCCGGCAUCGGAGUCAUUAAGAAGUACUACGGCACCAAGGACCCUGUGCCAGGCUUCUCAGUGCCUGCUGCAGAGCACAGCACUAUCACAGCGUGGGGGAAGGAUCAUGAAAAAGAUGCAUUUGAGCACAUCAUCAAGCAGUUUCCCAACGUGCCAGUAUCCAUCGUCAGCGACAGCUACGACAUCUACAACGCCUGUGAGAAGAUCUGGGGAGAAGACCUUCGGUCGCUGAUCGUGACGCGCAGUGCCAAUGCCCCGCUGGUUGUGCGACCAGACUCAGGAAACCCUCUUGAUACAGUCCUGAAGGUUUUGGAGAUCCUGGGUAAGAAGUUUCAACCAGUGGAGAACUCCAAAGGUUUUAAGGUUCUCCCUCCUUACAUCAGAGUCAUACAAGGAGACGGAGUUGAUAUCAACACACUGCAAGAGAUAGUUGAGGGCAUGAAGCAACACAAGUGGUCCAUUGAGAACAUUUCUUUCGGGUCCGGAGGGGCUCUUCUGCAAAAACUGACCAGAGAUCUGCUCAACUGCUCCUUCAAAUGUAGCUACGUGGUCACUAACGGACUGGGGGUGAAUGUGUUCAAGGACCCAGUGGCGGACCCCAACAAGAGGUCAAAGAAAGGUCGCCUGUCUCUGCACCGGACGCCGAGUGGUGACUUUGUCACCCUGGAGGAGGGCAAGGGCGACCUGGAGGAGUAUGGCGUGGACCUGCUGCACACAGUCUUUCAGAACGGGAAGAUUGUGAAGACGUACACAUUUGACGAAGUCAGAGACAAUGCUCGGCUCAUAGAGAGUGAGAUUGAAGUAGUGCACUGAUUGCAGCACUACUAAACCCUCACCACCCGCCCCAACCCCAAAACAAACCCGCUCCCCUCAACCCUUCACAUUUUUAGCCUCUGACGCACACCUCAGAAAACAGGAGGUGGCGUGCACUGCUAAUAGAUCCCACUUCCAAAGCUUGAGAAUCCCCCGAAGUGUUCCUAAAAACCUGAGAAUCCCUUAAAAUCCAUGAAUCUUCAGAGUCAAAUUCCAAAUCGCUGUUGAUGGUUCUCCAACAGAGUGGAAACUCGCAUACCACUGAUUUAAAGGCGAACUCCCCAUGAGUGUGUGUGUGUGAGUGAGGUGAGUGUAAAGAAAGUGUUUUGAAAGGCACAGUAAGCGACAGAUACGACAGACAUGUGUAGAGGGAUAGGAGUUGCGAAUAUGAAGAUAAACCGUGCGUUCACUCCCAUGUGCCACUGCCCCCAAAUGCUGACAGGCGAGACUUAUUGUAAUGUUAGAAUGUGAAUGAUUGUGAGUGAGCCGCUGCCGGCCGCAUGCGGAGUGAACACAUGGUGAGUCGAAGUGAGAGAGACCAUGAUAGAGAGCCACGCCCCCACACCACUGACUGCGCCUCCUGUAUUAUGUACAGAACUGUUAAAAAAAAAAAAAAAAAGAAAUACUACAUUUCUGAAUCUACUUAGCUUUGUCUCUUAUGUGAAGGAUAAAAUGAUGAUCAUAGUAUAUGACAGUGCACUGAUAACAUUGACUUAUAGAAGCUAAGAUGUUGCUUUUACUUGGAAGCAGAAGAUCCUGAACACUUAAACUGUAAUUGUGGAGGAUGAAAGAAUUAAUUUCCCCCAAUGUUCUGGUUUUUGAUCAGAUGUUAGGGCCCAAAUGAUACACGGCCAACAUUUACCAAGUACUACCUGAAUAUUUUGUACCGUUACCCUGCCAAAUAAAAUAUUGUGGGUGCAUCUCUGAAGGUACAUUACUGAUCAUCUACUUGCCAUUAUGUUGGCCACAGAGCAUUCACAUCCUGAAGGUCCAGUCAUGCCACGCAGUCUGCCCAUGUGGAGGGAUUUUGUUUAUGUUUUUUUGAGUUUCAGAGCUGUUUUCAUACGUGUAUUGCUCCAGCAUUUGUGAAAAUGGAUUGUAUUGGGUCUUCACGAUGACGAAUGCUCUGGAAACCAGUCUAUGCUGUAUAAGACCAAGAGUUGAUGUGAAGAUACAUUAAAAAAAGAAGAAAAAAAAAUACAUCACAGACAUUGUUUUCAUUGGAAUGAAGAUGAUCUAACUAUGUGUUUAUGAAAGAAUAUGUGACUCCUGAAAUGUAUGUUAAAUGUUGGUUCUGCUGUAUGUGUGCUUGGAUCUGUGUGGUUGUAUUUGUGUGUGCUGAGAUUUUCCUCUUCUUUUUUUUUAAAGCAUUGUGUAGUAUUCCUUUAUGCACAUAUACUUGUUGAUAGGGGGAAUAGAGAACACUUCCUUUUACUUUGCCAGCCUUUUAUUCUGAAAGGAGACCCAGAGUUGUGACAAACAGGUGAAGCUCGCUGUGCCUGGGGAUGUUUGGAUUUAUUGCCCAGGUAUAAACGGGAUGAUGCCUUUUUGGAGUUGAUCGUCUUCCCAUUCAGAGCAUCUCGGUGGGGUCUCACUCCGGUUUGAUGGUGUGUUUUAGCCUCUCAGAGUGAAGCGGCUGGGAUCUGGUGACAUCACAGGAAACGCAUUGUUUAAGACUAGAAACUAGAUAUUCCACUGAGUUUUUCAGGCUGCGCAGAGGGCAGGUGGCCCGCUUCUCUCCUUUGGCACAGACCGACCCGCCCGGAUAGACAAGCUGGUCAACAACACAGCUAGUCGUGUGCUGCAACAAUGUCACUAAAUGACAAUGUUACACUUAAUUGUUUACUGUCGCCGUUUGUCAUAUAAUUUGUUAUCCAUUUCUGGAGUAACCACACAACAAAUAGUUAUUUUAUUUCCAAUUACGGGGUGCAUUUUAGUACAACUCUGAUUUUACUAUUUUGAUACCGUCUCGGUUCUUACCUCAGAACUCUUAUUUUGUAUUACAAAGGAGACAAAAAAGCCAGUAAAUCUCUUUAUUUACAUCUGAUGUGGCCAUACUGACUUCUCACUCGUACUUACAAGAACUAGUUUGAAUGGAAGCUGAGAGGCCGGUUAGGAAGACGACCACAUUGGAUGGUAAUGUCAUUAUCUUUAUCUGUCAAAAACACUGGGUUUUUUUGUACAAAUGGAAGAAUAUCCAAACCUGCUAGACUGAACUGGCAGUGUGACUGUCAAGCGUAUAGCUUCUGUUUGUGUGUGUGAAUGUCUUGUUUGUUAUGGAUGAAAAACUGUUUGUGAAUUCUAUUUUUUUCUUUUUCUUUCUGUUGUUGUUGUGGUUUCACGCAUAUGUAUAUGUUGGUUGUCCCAAAUUCUCUCCCAAGACAACUGAUAUUUUAACUAGCAUAACUUGCUAUAUUGUCAACAUUACAUUGAUUAAAGAUGCCACCCUGUCAA